AUGGUUGCUGUGGGUGAAGUUGCUGAGCAGCAGCUCUCAAAUGUAUCACUGUGGGUCACUUUUGGUGGAGGCUCCAAACUCGUGGUGAACACGGGUCCCACAGCUCCCUCGGUGUCUCUGCUCCCUCCGUCCCCUCUGCAGCUGUCUGAGGGAUCGGCCUCGCUGCUCUGCCUGCUGUCUGGCUACUCUCCACAGGGGGCGCUGGUGAGCUGGACAGUGGACGGCUCACAGGUGAAGAACGAGGUUCUGACCAGCGCAGAAGAAGAGAAGAACGGCCGUUACAGCCGCAGCAGCACCCUGACCCUCAGCAAAGACCUCUGGGAAAAGGGGGAGGAGUUCAGCUGUAGGGUCUCCCAUAACAACGUCGAUCAUCCGGUCACGUUCAGAAAGAGUCAGUGUGAAGGCUAGUGGAUCCAAGAUAGAGUUUAACAUAGAGCUGCUUAUGAUCCAUCUACAAUAGAGUUUCAAUUCUACACAAUGCUGACAUUUCUGUCUUUACUCUCUUCACUGUCCUGUUGCUCUUCCUGUAGUUUUUGCUGAAAUAAAGCUGAGUUUUGGA